GAUGUGGCUUGGUGGAGCUUCAAGCGUGAGUGAGAGAGAGAGAGAUGGAGAUGGAGUACAUAGGAGAAGAGGCCAAAGAGGUGUUGAAAGCCCAAUCCCAUGUAUGGAACCAUUUGUUUAACUUCAUUAAUUCCAUGUCCCUCAAGUGUGCCGUUCAACUUGGCAUACCAGACAUCGUUCACAGCCAUGGCUGUCCCAUGACUCUCUCCCAGCUGGUGGCCACGCUUUCGAUCGCUCCUGCUAGAGCGGCUCAUGUGGGCCGCCUCAUGCGUUUGUUGGUACACUCGGGUUUCUUCGCUGUACAAGAAAUCAACGAGGAUCAAGGAGGAGACAAAGAAGGUUAUGUGCUCACACCUUCUUCUAGGCUCCUCUUGAAGGACACAGCUACGUGCAUUUCGCCAUUUUUGAUGAUGAUGCUAGACCCAGUUCUAGUAACGCCAUGGCACUUCUUGAACACUUGGUUCACAGGGGAUGAUACAACACCCUUCCAGACUGCACACGGAGCACCCAUCUGGGACCGCAUGGCCAAGAGCCCCGACCUUAACGACUUCUUUAAUGAAGCCAUGGCUACUGAUGCUCGGCUAAUCAUAAGGAUCGUUGUUAAAGAGUUUAGUCUAGUCUUCCAAGGUGUGCGGUCAUUGGUUGAUGUCGGGGGCGGCACAGGAGCUGCUGCAGUGGCCAUUGCCAACGAGUUCCCACACGUGAAGUGCACCGUGUUUGAUCUCCCACACGUGGUUGCAAGCGUGCCAAAGAGUAACAACAUACAUGUGGUUGGAGGGAACAUGUUUGAAUCCAUCCCUUCUGCAGAUGCGGUUUUCCUCAAGUGGAUUCUGCACGAUUGGAGCGAUGAAGAGUGCAUGAAGAUACUGAGACGGUGCAAGGAAGCGAUCCCUUCAAAAGAAGAGGGAGGGAAGGUUAUUAUACCGGACAUGGUCGUGAACAUGAACAAUAGCGAUUGCAAGUCAACGGAGACACAGCUCUUUUUCGAUCUAUUAAUGAUGGUUGUUGCUGGCGGGAAGGAGAGAGACGAACAGGAAUGGCGAAAGAUCUUCAUCGAUGCUGGUUUCACUCACUACAAGAUUACACCCAUCCUUGGUAUUCGGUCCAUUAUUGAGGUCUAUCCAUAAUUAUUUGAUGGUUUGCAAUGUUUAGCUUGUUGCUAGUUCAGGUAAUUCUAGAAAUAAGAACUCCUUUGGAUUUAUUAAAUGGUAUCUAUGUAUUGGGUUUUCGAAUCAUGUUCCUUUAUGUUUGUGUACCUGUUUAAUGCUCGUGUUAUUUUAAGAAAUGGAAUGUGUGUUUGUGAUUGUUGAA